AAUUCUAUGCAUUCUGUUGUUAUUCGCUAAUCAUCCUUACUUUGCCAACUCAUUUCCUGCAAUUGAUCUUUUUCAUCUUAUAGUUGGAGUUUCGGUUCUACUUUCGGUCCAUAUUGUUCAACUACCAUUAAUUUUGUGGAAUUUGAACUCUACCGAUUAGCUCAGACGAAACCAUUGGGUUUCAACGCCUUCUUUUGCUUCUUUCUUAUGUUGGAGUCUGUUUAGAGUAUUGUCGCUUAACUCCUUGAUGACAUCAUUCUGAUUUUGAUUGGAAAAGUUGAGACUCCUUCUGAGAAUGGUUUCCGUUGAUAAUGGUAAUGUCAAUAAUGAAAUCGAGGAAAAAAAGGGUACUGAAAUAAAGGAAAUUUCAGCUUCUCCAGAGACCGCUAUAAGCGGUGAAAAUCCUGUGCGGAAGUCUCAAAACACGUUGAGCUGUCAUCCUCCUAGUGGGAUUAAGUUCCACAAACUUGGUUCUGCAUUAGUCAAAUCCAUGACCGAGAGCAGCCAGAUUUCACAAUCUGUGCCUUCUGGUACAUAUCACUUGGGGAAACGGUUCAGUGGCGUGUUUACGCAGAAACUUGACUGGAGUUCCCUCAAGAAUAUGUUCAAGGAAUGGAUUAGAAACCCAAUGAACAUGGCUCUUUUCGGGUGGAUCAUCUGUGUUGCUGUUUCUGGUGCAAUUCUCUUCCUUGUUAUGACUGGAAUGUUGAACAGUGUGCUUCCAAAGAAGUCUCAGAGAAACACGUGGUUUGAAAUUAACAAUCAGAUACUCAAUGCUCUGUUUACACUUAUGUGUUUAUACCAGCACCCCAAAAGAUUCCAUCAUCUUGUACUUUUGUGCAGAUGGAGACAGAAUGAUAUCUUUGCGCUUAGAAAGGUGUACUGCAAGAAUGGAACCUAUAAACCACAUGAACGGGCACAUAUGAUGGCAGUGGUUCUUCUCCUUCACCUGAACUGUUUUGCUCAAUAUGCGCUUUGUGGUCUAAAUUUGGGGUACAAAAGAUCAGAGAGACCUGUCAUAGGAGUUGGAAUUUGUAUAUCUUUUGCAAUAGCUGCGCCAGCAAUUGCUGGUCUUUAUACCAUUCUUAGCCCUCUUGGUAGGGAUUAUGAUUUUGAGAUGGAUGAAGAAAAACAGGUCCAAACCACUUCAUCUCAAAAACCAUUGGAGAAAAAAUAUUCAUUUGCAGCAAGAGAUGAACAUAAUAGGGUGUUUGAGAAUGAACCACGGUGGAGAGGAGGAAUACUUGACAUUUGGGAGGAUAUCUCCACUGCAUAUCUCUCCCUCUUCUGCACUUUUUGUGUGUUUGGUAGGAACAUGGAGAGACUUCGUUUUGGAAACAUGUAUGUUCAUAUUGCUACUUUCAUUCUGUUCUGUACAGCUCCAUUCUGGAUUUUUAUAUUCGCUGCUGUUGACAUUGAUAAUGACACUGUUAGAGAGGCUCUAGUAGCCACUGGGAUCAUUCUUUGUUUUCUUGGUUUGUUGUAUGGUGGCUUUUGGAGGAUCCAAAUGAGAAAGAGGUUCAAUUUACCUGCCUAUACCUUCUGUUUUGGUGAACCCUCGAUUUCUGACUGCACAAUAUGGCUCUGCUGUUUCUGGUGCUCGCUUGCUCAGGAGGUAAGAACUGGGAAUUACUAUGAUGUUGUAGAUGAAAAAUUCUGUAGGAAAGAAGGGGAUAUCAAUGACCAACCUUCAAUUUUGUCACUGCCUCGUGAAGAUGGAGCAUUGACCUCACCUGACACAAGUUCCUCUCUGGGUAAAAACUCUUUCCCUUCCAAGACCAUGACAUCUAGAUCUUUAAGUUCUGAUACGCCGCUAUCCACUGUAAAAGACAACUCUUUUGAAACAGGUAAAAAUGGAGCAAUGAGCCUACCAAGUCCAGGCUUUAUUAGAAGGGAUGGCCCGUAGGCACCAGGGGAACCGGGGAAAAAAUGCAGAGAGAGAUCUGUUUCACUGGCUUCAAGUGACUUUGAAUAGGAGAAUCUCUUGAAUGUUGGAUGGUGACUUUUUACUGACUCCUUUUUGCACGCUUUUCCUGGGUUAAUAGUGGGUUAUAUGGAAGGUAAACAACACAUCUGUAAUUGAUGAUCACAGAAUUGUAACCUUGUUUCUCUAAUUUUAUUUGAGGGAAAUUGAAGAUUGUCAAUUUUUCAUGUGGCUUGUUUAUACCAGGUUGAAUCAUUGAAUGUUACAGAAAGAGACAAUGGAUGUU